AUGGGCAAGAAGCGCGUGCUCGUUAGCUACGGCGUCGACAUCGAUGCAGUCGCCGGCUGGCUUGGUUCGUACGGCGGCGAGGACUCGACGAGCGACAUCAGUCGCGGCAUGUUCGCCGGCACGAUCGGCAUUCGGCGACUGCUCAAGCUCUUCGACAAGUACAAGAUCAAGGCGACGUGGUUUAUCCCGGGCCAUUCACUUGAGACGUUUCCCGAAGAGUGCGCGGCGGUGCGCGAUGCGGGCCACGAGAUCGGCCUGCACGGCUACACGCACGAGAACCCCAAGGACAUGACGUUCGAACAGCAGCGCGACGUGCUCGACAAGACGUGGCGCAUGCUGACCGACUUCUGCGGCGGCAAGCCACCGCGCGGCAGCGUCGCACCGUGGUGGGAGGUCAGCCGCGAGGGCACCGAGUUGCUGCUGAGCUACGGCGUUGAGUACGACCACAGCAUGAGCCACAGUGAUUACCAGUGCUACUGGCUGCGCACCGAGGACUCGUGGACCAAGAUCGACUACUCCAAGAAGGCCGAAGAGUGGAUGAAACCAUUGGUGCGUGGCAAGGAGACCGGACUCGUCGAGAUCCCUGGUAGCUGGUAUAUCGAUGAUCUGCCACCCAUGAUGUUCAUCAAGGGCGCACCGAACAGCCACGGUUGGGUCAGCCCGAAGGUGGUGGAGGAGCUGUGGAUGGAUCACUUCGACUAUUUCUACCGCGAGUACGAUGAAUUCGUCUUCCCAAUGACGAUCCAUCCUGAUGUCAGCGGCCGGCCGCACGUCCUUCUCAUGCAUGAAAGGAUCAUCGAGCAUAUCAAUAAGCACGAAGGCGUGGAGUGGGUGACGAUGGAGCAGAUGUGCGAUGAUUUCAAGAGCAAGAACACGCCAGCUCCAGGUGCGAUGAUGCCAGCGCCAAUUGAGGAGGUGAUGAAAAAGUACGAAGCAAAGAAAGCAGCAUAA